ACACGCGCACACAGCUCGCUUUCACUCACUCACACUGACCCGGACAGAGUGAAUCCAGCACUCCUCCGCCUCGGAUGAAGGACACAGCACACACCACAGCAGUGCGAGUGCCUGAGGCUGCAGAAGGGCUGCAAGUUUCUCUCACUGAAUAAUUACAUUUUACAGUUUGGUGUUACCCAUUUGAGACGUUAUUUAUCAAAUCGAGUUGUGUUCAUCACCAGUAUGGACACCAUAUUGGACAGUUUCGCCUCGGACAAACUUUUCCCUAAUCCCAACCUGUUGGACCUGGAGGACCUGAACGAGUCCGACUUCCUGACCAAUGUGCACUUCUCAGAGCAGAUGGAGGAUUUCUCCAAUGAGCUCUUCAACAGUUUUUUCGAUGAUCACCUGCUAGCUGAGAGGACGCCGCUGCUAGACAUGGAGCUUGAGCCACCGAACCCCGACAUCCAGCAGGAGCACAGCUACUCCCUCAGCGGUGACUCGGCUCCUCAGAGCCCCUCCAUGCCCAUCAAAUCAGACGACGAUGCAGAGGGCAUGUGGGCAUUCAGUCAGGACUUGACUGCCAUCCUGGUAAAACAGGAACCCAACCUCCUGUCUGAGCCAUCCCCUGGACCAGCGCCCACUAUGCCCACUUCUAGCAGUGCCACCCAGCCAAUCACCCUCAACCCACCACCACAGAGACGCCACAAUCACGACAAGGUGGGCCGAGAACAGAACUCAAACACAGUACCUACUAUCAAAGCAGAACCCAGAGAGGUCAACCAGUUCCUCAGUGUCCCCACAGAGGAGCACCUGCAGCUCCCACCGACUCCUCCCAGCAGCCACGGUAGCGACAGCGACGGAUCUCAGAGUCCUCAUUCGCUGCCUCCAUCCAGCCCAGCCCGCAUGCAGAGUCCUCAUUCGCUGGCGCCCUCGAGCCCCGCCCGCCUACAGAGUCCUCAUUCGCUAGCACCCUCCAGCCCCGCCCGCCAUCCAGCUCGCUCCUCCACAGCCAUCUCAUCCUCUCCACUGCUCACUGCUCCACAUAAGUUACAGGGCACGUCAGGUCCACUGAUGCUUACAGAAGAGGAGAAGCGGACGCUGAUGGCUGAAGGUUACCCCGUCCCUAACAAACUCCCACUGACCAAGACAGAGGAGAAAGCCCUCAAACGAGUUCGCAGGAAAAUCAAAAACAAGAUCUCAGCACAGGAGAGCCGUCGCAAGAAGAAGGAGUAUGUGGAGUGUCUGGAGAAAAAGGUGGAGAACUACACUUCCGAGAACAAUGAACUGUGGAAGAAGGUGGAGACACUCGAAAGUGCAAACAGGUCUUUGCUGCAGCAGUUACAGAAGCUUCAGGCUCUCGUCAGUGGCAAAGUGCCUCGGUCCUGUAAGAUGGCCUCCACACAGACCGGGACCUGUCUCAUGGUGGUGGCGCUGUGUUUUGUGCUGGUUUUGGGCUCGCUGGCUCCCUGCCUGCCUGAGCUCUCACUCUACUCUUCUUCCUCCUCCUCAUCCACACCAUCACACACGGUGAAGUCCGGCCCGCUUCCCGCGACUCACCUCUACACCACCAGCCAGGUCCGCUCCCGCAGCCUGCUCUUCUAUGAGGAGGGUUCCCCGCUGGAGAACGGCCACAGGAGCAUGCUGAGUGUAAAGAGGGGGGAGGGGGCACCACACCAAUACACACAGGACCUGAAAGAGACCCACAAGCAGACUCACACUCACAUCAGCACGUACCUGAACCCAGCGCAGUCCAACAAGAACAGCAGUGGCACCCCCCUCCUCCACCGAGAACAACACUACCAUACACGAGAGCAUGAUCCUGAUGGAGGGGCUGAAUAUUUCUAACCCCUCUGAGCGGAGCUGCCUACAUCACGCAGGCCUCCGCUGACCUUCGACCCCACGUCAUCCAGGCCCUACUCCCAGUGGCGUUCCCUAGUGUUACCACUCUUUCACCCUAUAAACCCAAGACGUUAUUCACCACUCUCAGACACACGGCCUGAACACACCACUGUGCAAAAAGAAGACAGAGAAGAAGGAGAAGAGAGGAGAAGAGGGAAUGGAAAAGUGAUCCGGAGUGACUGAGGGAGGGAGGGAGCGAGUGAGCGAGUGAAAAAAACAUUCUCUCUAAAAUCACACCGAAUUGGUAUUCUUCCUCCUAAGAUGUCUCUGUUCCCUUUUCUAAAGAAAAAAAAAAACAUUCCAGUACUGGUGUAAUAACAGGUGCCUGGUGUUCUGAUCAUUCAUUUCUUUUUCACUAUCACAACAGAGUUCAUUUCAUGUGCCAGAAGUGUUAAACAAAAUGAAAGAUCUCGGUCCAGCUGUUAUGCUGUGUUUCAUGCGGGGCAACUUCCUUGACUGGGUGUGGCUAAGGCUCCAGCUGACCAGCAGACAUUUUCAGCUCUUCUAAAUAUCUCCCACUCGAAUCGAAAGCAUGAAUCUAAACAGAAGCGUGACUCUUUCUCGAAAAGCAGACGGAAUUACUUUGCUUUGUUUUAACAUCUACAUUUUGAUUUUGAAACUGAAUAUUUUGCCUGUGGACCGUGUCCUGUUUAAUACUUCUGGCACAGAAUUAAGUCCAUACUUCAGUUAAAAGCAGUGUAUUCUUCUUUUUUUAAUCACCACAACACAAGAACAGUUGAUGCAUUGAGUUAAAGCUGGACUGCACUUGUUUUGCACUAGGAAAACUAAUUGAUUUAAGUGCCUUCAAGUUCUUUUUUCCAUGUAGUCAUAUUUAAGAUUUACUAUUUUCUUAACCUCCAGUCUUCUCUCUUAGAUUCUUUUAGCUUACUGAGAAUUAAUAAAGGUAUUUUUAUUUUUGUUUUUUUUUGUACUAUUUUAAAUUUGAAAAUCUAGAUGCAUUUGUACUGAAUUUAAAGUAUCCAUAAUAUAUUCUAGUAUUGUCAGCAUUCCAAAAAGAGCAUAUUUAUUUUAUGCACAAAAAAAAAGAAAAGUGAAAAGUUUGUUCUUUUUUUUUUUUUUUUUUAAUAAUUGCUAUGGAUGAUGUAAAAUUUACAUGAUCUUUUUUUGUCAUAACUGUUAAACAGUUUUUGUGUUAUCUUUAUUCUGUAUAAAGAAAAGAAAGUUUUGUAUAUAGGGUGGUUGGAACCAGGACAAUCAGCAGUAAUGCCGUCUUAAUAGUUAGAAAUCUCCUUUCUUUCAUGCAGAAUAUUGUUUUUUAAAUACAGUUUUACUAGAACAUACAUACGAAUGCGCAGGUGUACACUUUACGCUACACACCUGAGAAUCUAGAUACCAUGGAAGUGAAGACGUUCAUGCACAUUUCAAGUGUACAUCACGUAAAAUUGAUUUCAGUUGUUUCUAAUGGUGUACGUGUAUGUGCCAUCAUUCUUACAUCAUGUACAUAACAUCCAUCAUCCAUAUGAUCUGAUUAUUCUUGUAAAAUAAAAGUCACAUGUAAUGUCA